AUGUGGGCAAAAUCUUUGAUUGCUGCCUCUAUACUUUCUACAGCUUUUGCUGGGAUAAUCGAUCUCACUAUACCAACUGCCAGCGAGCUAGUCUCUGAUCUCGAUUCAAACCUACACAGUGAUUCAUCAGUGCUCGAAUAUCAAGGAGGGUAUCUCGAUCCUGAAACACAGCACAAAAGGCCGUUAUGUACUCUCAAGGCAUUAGGUGAUGAGAAGGAUGAUUCGGACAACCUUGUUGCUGCUGUUGAAAAAUGCGGGAAAGGCGGUAUAAUCCGGUUACCUGAUGCCAAUUACACCAUUGGUAAACCUCUUGAGCUUAUACUUGAAAAUGCUGUUUUGGAUCUUCACGGUUGGCUUUCAUUCACCUCCGAUAUACCUUAUUGGCUCGAAAAUCACUUCGAUUUCCCAUUUCAAAAGCAGUCUCUCGCAUUUAUCAUUCAAGGUCAUGACUACGUCCUCGAUGGAAAUGACAAAGGUGGGAUAGACGGUAACGGGCAAUAUUGGUAUAAUUAUGCCAAAGAUUUCGGUAACAAAUAUGGUCGACCAAUGUCUCUCACUAUCAAGGAUUCCAGGAACGUACUUGUCAAGAACUUCAGCAUCAUCCAGCCUCAGUUCUGGGCUUCUUUAGUUUGGGACUCUGAGAAUGUCUACUUCAAGGACUUCUACGUCAACGCCACGAGUUUUAACCCUGAAUCCUCUUCAGACGAGAAGAACUGGCUACAAAAUACCGAUGGUUCCGAUACUUAUCAAAGUCAUAAUGUCACCUAUGAGAACUUUGUGUAUCAGGGCGGUGAUGAUUGUCUCGCCUUCAAGCCAAAUAGUACCCUCAUCACCGCUCGAAAUGUCACUUGUUUUGGUGGUACGGGUAUAGCCUUUGGCUCUAUUGCUCAAUAUGCUGGAGUCAAGGAUAUUAUUGAGGAUGUCCUUCUCGAGGAUAUCAGUCUAUAUCCCUCAGAUCAAUGUCCCGGAUACCAAGGCGUCUACUUCAAAUCGUGGUUAGGAUACUCUAUCGGGGUUCCCCCUAAUGGUGGUGGAGGUGGUUAUGGCUAUGCUAGAAAUAUCACUGUCAGAGAUGUGUAUAUGGAGGAUAUCUGGCAUCCGUUGGUAGUCCAGUCUGAUUUGACAUACCUUGAAUUCAACCGAAAACAAUAUGCCGACUCAGGUCUUUUCGAAUGGAGUGAUAUACACCUGAAAAACUUCACCGGAACUGCUCUUGCUAAUCGAAUCGCCUGGAUGUCUUGUUCCAAGAUCACACCAUGUCAUGAUUGGACUUUUGAGGAUAUCAACAUUCGACCGGGCAAGGAAGAUCAUCCGGAGAUCCAUUAUACCUGUAACAACUUUGUUUUGGGCGGUAAUGACGGUUUGAGCCAAUGCCAUCCAAGUAACUCCACCCUCGAGACUGAUAAUGGAGGGACUCUGUAG